AUGACAUAUAACGAACACAAUGCAGAGGACAGCUGCCUAAAAAACCAGCACGAAAAGCAGGCCCAACCCAAAACUAACCCCGAAGUCCCCCGUGGAGAUGCCGCCCCGGCCCCGGACGAUGCGGGCCUCGAGACCGGAGGUGUAGCGCACCCCAGCGAAGCCAGCGCCGACGACAGUGAAGCGAACCUCGAAUUUCCAGAAGGCGGACUCGAAGCUUGGCUUGUAGUCUUUGGAUCCUUUUGCGGAAUGUUUUCGAUCUACGGCCUCAUCAACACCUCUGCUGUUUUUGAGUCGUACUUUUCCGAGAACCAACUUCGUGAUUACUCGUCUUCUCAGAUCGGCUGGAUUUUCAGCCUUUAUCUCUUCCUCGUCUUUCUUGUCGGUAUUCAAGUCGGACCUGUUUUUGACAAAUACGGUCCUCGACUCAUUGUUGCCUCUGGAGGUAUACUCAUCGCGGCAAGUUUGUUCAUACUCAGCGUUUGUGAGGAAUUUUACCAGAUUCUUCUUUCAUACUCGGUUGUGGGUGGCCUUGGAGGCGCCCUUCUCAAUUCACCGUGUUAUGCAUCUAUUGCCCAUUGGUUCGACCAGAAACGAGGUCUUGCAACUGGCGUUGCAAUGACUGCAGGAUCAAUUGGCGGUAUCAUAUUUCCCAUCUUUUUACAGAAACUUCUCCCCAGCGUUGGCUUUGCAUGGACGACCCGUAUUCUGGGCUUCAUCAUCCUCGGACUCACCGUUCCCGCCACGCUCUGCAUGCGCUCGCGUCUCCCGCGAUCAAAUAAGGUGUCCUCGGUCUGGCCAGACCUGAGCAUCUUCAAAGACCUGAAGUUUACGUUUUCUGCAUGUGGAAUCUUCUUUAUGGAAUGGGGACUCUUCGUGCCAUUGACGUACAUCGUGUCUUAUGCCGGACGACACUCUGGCGAUGCCAACAGCUCUUACACCCUGAUUUCGAUCCUCAAUGCGGGUUCAUUGCUCGGUCGUUUUCUCCCCGGUCUUUUAGCCGACAAGAUCGGGCGGUUUAAUGUCAUUCUGCUGACGCUUGGGCUCUGCAUCAUAUCGGCCUUUGCUCUGUGGUUGCCAGCUGGAGACUCUCAGGCUAUGAUCAUCGCGUUCGCUGUUGUGUUUGGUUUUGCAAGUGGUAGUAACCUUGGACUCACACCAGUUUGCGUGGGUCAGCUCUGCGAUCCUCGCGACUAUGGACGAUUCAUCUCGACAGCUUUCAUGGUAGCUAGCUUUGGAACCCUCAGCAGCUUGCCUAUUGCUGGUGCCAUUCUCGAGGCUGGUGACAAGGGUGACUCUGGCUGGACUGCUCUCAUUGUAUUUGAUGGGCUGUCUCGCUCAUUGAAACGACAUGUUGCAUUCCCACGGGAUCAGGUUGUCAAUGUCCGCGAUUUUAAACGUAAACUCAAGGAGGUGCAAACAUUGGAGAUACAAGUCCGAAGCAAAAGAGGGUCUCAGGUCCCCACCAUGUCCAAUGACGCAUCUUCCCGUCGUCUCGCCCUCACCGAGAACCCGCGAUUAGCCGUAUCUCAAAACGCUCACCACGACAGAUUCUCCACGCGCUCCUGUGAGUGGCUCUCCUUGACUUUUCCCACCGGAUCAUCUAUCUCCCGCCCUCUCUCACUCGGCAUACUGACCCCGAGACCACCCGUAGCGCAAGGUCAAGCACCAACUGACCUUGUGAGGAAAACAGCGACGUUUUUUCUUCUUCUUCACUCCCUCUCCCCUCCACCCCCCGACAUCAUGCAGUCCUUCACCAGAGCCACUCGCGCCUCGGCGCUGCAAAACGUUGGCCGCAGAGCCUAUUCUUCGUCGCAGUAUGCUAAGACCAUCAACAACCUGCGCAUCAACGCCGACACCAAGGUCAUCUACCAGGGCUUCACCGGAAAGCAGGGAACUUUCCACGCUCAACAAGCUAUCGAAUACGGCACCAAGGUCGUCGGUGGAACAAACCCCAAGAAGGCUGGUCAGACUCACCUCGGCCUCCCUGUCUUCAAGAACGUUGGUGAAGCCGUCAAGGAGACUGGUGCCACUGCUACUGGUCUCUUCGUCCCUCCUCCUCUGGCCGCCGCCGGUAUCGAGGAGGCUCUCGAGGCCGAGAUCCCCCUCGUUGUCUGCAUCACUGAGGGUAUCCCCCAGCACGACAUGGUUCGCAUCACCGACAUGCUCAAGACCCAAAGCAAGACUCGUCUCGUCGGACCUAACUGCCCCGGUAUCAUCGCCCCCGAACAGUGCAAGAUUGGUAUCAUGCCUGGCUUCAUCCACAAGCGCGGCCGCAUCGGUAUCGUCUCUCGUUCCGGUACUCUCACUUACGAGGCCGUCAACCAGACCACCCAGGCCGGUCUUGGUCAGUCUCUCGUUGUCGGAAUUGGCGGCGACCCCUUCUCCGGUACCAACUUCAUCGACUGCCUCAAGGUCUUCACUGAGGACCCCGACACCGACGGUAUCAUCAUGAUUGGUGAGAUUGGUGGUUCUGCCGAGGAGGACGCCGCCGAGUUCCUCAAGCAGGCCAACACUGUCAACGGCGGUAAGCCCGUUGUCAGCUUUAUCGCUGGUAUCUCUGCUCCUCCCGGUAGACGAAUGGGUCACGCUGGUGCUAUCGUCUCCGGUGGUAAGGGUGGUGCCGACACCAAGAUCAAGGCUCUCGAGGACGCCGGUGUCAUUGUCGAGCGCUCUCCCGCUGGUCUGGGCAAGGCUCUCUACAACGAGUUCGUCCGCCGCGAUCUGCUAUAA